CGCUAAAAAUUCGACGAUAGAACAGACUUUUGUCAUUCUAUUACACCAGUCUCUUUUUACGUCUUAAUGAUUAUACAUUUUUACGAUAAUACGACUAGUUUGUAAUAAAAAAGAUCGCUAUUAUUUUACAUAUAUAAAUUACGCUUAUUAGAAUAUAUAUGUUAGAUUUUGUUGCAUAUUGAAAAACCAACGGGUAGAGACAUAGAUAACGGCGUACGACGAUCAUAGAACGUACCUAUCUUUUUAAUUUGUGGACAAAUACAUAAUACUUAUAAAAUAUGGCUAACAGCAAAGGUUUUUCAAGUACACAAUUUUAUCUAAAUGACAAAGUCAUAAAUGAUUAUGUGGAUCUAAUUAAUGAACGUUAUCCACAUGUAUAUGUAUUUAACACAUUCUUUUAUUGUAAUCUUAGUGUAAGAGGAUAUGAUUUUGUUAGACGAUGGGCUCGAAAAUAUGAUUUACUAUCGAAGAAAAAACUUAUGAUUCCUAUACAUAUACAAAUUAGUAGUCACUGGGUCUUGGUGUGUGUAAACUUUGAGACAAAAGAAAUUCAAUAUUAUGAUAGUCUUGGAGGGCAUAAUUUUGAAGCUCAACAUAUUAUAUUCAACUAUUUGAAUAAUAAGUAUUUAGACCAAACAGGAUCAUCAUUAUGUGCAAAAGAUUGGAGACUAGUUACUGUAGAAAAUAUCCCUCAUCAAGAGAAUGGCCAUGAUUGUGGAGUUUUUGUAUGUACCUUUGCUGAAUAUUUAGCAAGAGGGGCUGUGUUCAACUUCACUCAAAAAAACAUGAAAUCAUUUAGGCAAUUGAUUGCAUAUGAGCUAACAGUGAAAAGGUUAGUGGAUGUAGAUGUUGAUGCAAAAGAUAUUGAUUCGUUCAUUAUGAAUGUUAUUAACUCGUGAUAAAAAAAAAUCUAUGUUUUAAAAAUCAAUGUUUAUAUCCAAUGAUGUUUACUGACAGUUAAUAUACUUAAAAUUGUCUUCAUACUCUAAAUGAUUAAUGUAUUUUUUUGGAAAUGUUGAGUAUGAUACUAUAUAGUUGUACUCCAGUAAAUAUUCAGUUUUGGUACAUGCAAUUAUUAUAAGUUAAAACCAUUCUUUUGACAAGAGAUAUCAAACAUACUGUAAAAUACCAUUCUAAAUUACAAUCAAAUAAAACGCUACGCAUAAUAGGAUCCAAUGAUUAUUGUUUUUUAAAUUAAUAAGAAAAGCUGUUUUUGAUUAAAAUAUAUCAGUUUAUUUUGUCCAAUGUUGAACAGAGGAAUAAGUUUGCUUUCAGUGAAGUUAAAAUAAAAGAUGUGUCAUAAGCAUAUAUAGUGUUUGGAAUAUAUGCUGUUAUUAGUUCCAUGUAAUUGUUUAUUACAUAACAUUUAGAUAAAAGCAUCUUCCACUAACGAUAUUAACUAGAAAAACUAGCCCGUCACUUUCACAAAUCAAAUUUUUGGUCAAUGGUCAUCAUAACAAUAUUCUAGGUAUUUCAUACUUCUAAAUGUUAUGAAGUCAACACAUGCAGGAUAAUAAGUUUAUUCUGAGAACUCAUGGUUACUAAUCAUGGGAUGGUGCCAGUAUCACAGACCAAUUUUCAAAUUGUGGAGACAGUACAGCAAAGAAAACAGGAAAUUUUAAUUCACUUUCCUUUAUAUUCGUCAUGGGUACAAAAAUUUUCAAUCUCAAUGUAAUAAAAAAUAUGUGGGAAACUGUUGUGAAAAAAAGAUUUGAAUAUUUGAGAUGCAUAAUUAUUCUUUCUGCUGUGAUAUUAACUUUGAAUUUAGUUAUUGUAUUAGAUUAGUACUUAGUUUAUUUAUUUAUUUAUUUAAAAUCAAUUAAUAUAAAAAAUAUUUUUACACUUAAAACAAAAUUGUUUAAUAUAAAUAUUAAUUAAAAAUCAUGUAGACCAAUAUGCUUAUAUUCAACAUUAACA